CAACACAAUAAGGCAAAAUAUUAACAUACCUUCCAUUUCUCCUCCUUUUCAGUGUCCAAUGGCAUGUAACAGAUCAGAGAGAUUAAUGAAAUUAGCUGAAAGGCUUCAUCUUUAUAACCCUUUUGAUACCUCCUCCAACACUAUAAAUACCCAAUCUCAAAAUCAAGAAUUUGUUCCCAAAAAACAAGAAUUGGGGACAGAUCCAAUAGCUAAUAAUAAUAAUAGUAAUUCAAUAAGAUCCAAAUCAAACAGGGCUGCAGUUUUGGUGUGUCUAUUUGAAGACCAACAAGGACAUCUUCGUGUAAUCCUCACCAAAAGAGCUUCUACACUAUCUACACACUCUGGUGAAGUUGCUUUGCCUGGUGGGAAAGUAGAAGAAGGUGAUGCCGAUGACAUUGAGACAGCAUUGAGAGAGGCUGAGGAGGAGAUUGGAUUAGACCGUUCACUUGUAUAUGUUGUCACUGUUCUUGAAUCCUUUACCAACAAGAAGGGAAUUACAGUGAUUCCUGUUGUGUGCAUACUUUGGGACCGGAACACAUUCAACCCGUUAAGAAAUACUGCAGAAGUGGCAGCAAUAUUUGAUGCACCUCUAGAGAUGUUUCUUAAGGAUGAGAAUCGACGAGAAGAAGAGCGUGAACACAUGGGAGAUAAAUAUGUACUCCAUUUCUUUAAUCAUGAAACAGAGAAUGAGAAGUAUAUCAUAUGGGCUCUAACUGCUGGCAUUUUGAUUAAAGCUGCAUCGAUUGUGUACCAACGGCCCCCUGAUUUUCAAGAACGAAGGCCUAGAUUUUGGAGUAGAAGUCUCCAAUGAAAGACGUUAUUGCCAAAUCUAUCGCGAGACUUUUUGAACUUUAAACAUAAGGGAUAGUUCCUUCCAAAUGAAGUAAAUCAAAUUACA